AUGGCCUGGAGACAGCUGCUCAUGGCCUCCUGUCUCUCAGCCGCUGUGCUCCUGACCAUGCUGCAGGAGGGGACUGGUGCAUCGGUGGGUACCCAGCAGGUGGCAGGACAAGAGGCUCAGGAAGAUGUGGAACAGAAGAUUUUCAUGCAAGAAUUAGAUGCCUCAAAUUUCCUCAAGAAGCGCGGCAAGCGGUCCCCCAAAUCCCGAGACGAGGCCAACUUAGAGAACAGGCAGAAGCUGCGGGCUGAUGAGCUGCAGAGAGAGUAUUACGAGGAACAAAGGAACGAGUUUGAGAACUUCGUGGAGGAGCAAAAUGACGAACAGGAAGAGAGAAGCCGGGAAGCUAUUGAGCAGUGGCGCCAGUGGCAUUAUGACGGCCUGUACCCAUCAUAUCUCCAAAACCGCCACCGCAUCUGACCUCAUCUUGACAGACCAAGACGAUGGAGCCUGAAACUCACAUACCCACCCCAGAUAUUUGAAUGCUUCCGCACAAACAGGCCCCUUCCAAGGGUCUCAACUCGGGGCCUGCUGUGGUAAACACACAUGCCUUUUGCUCUGAUGGAUUAAGAUGCCCUGGCUUUCGCUUCUUUGCAGAUGAUUUUCUGAGGUGGGCAAACACCUGUGGGGCCUCCUAGCACCAAACCUACAGUGACUUCCCCUUACUUAGCCAUUGUUCCCACAGUAUGAUUCCUGUCCUGUAGACAAAGAAAAGGAUCACAAUAAAGAGAAAAGAUGA